GAAAACCUCUUUUUACAGAAAAUUCAUAUACAGAAAAUGACAAAAAAGAAAGUGCUGAACCGCUGCUGCACCGGUCCACUAACAUGAAAGCAGUGGAAACGAAAAUCAUCAAAUCCAACAAAUCACAGACGCGCAGGCAAUCCUUUAAGGGGGUCCCAUUCUAAUGAAACCAAGUGAUCGUGGCCACACGAUUUCCCAGACUCAGAACCAGAUCCGCAACGAAUCUUAACGAGGAGGGAGUUCAGGAGCCCAACUGUAAUAAAAGUGGUGUUUACCAGAGAACUAGGGCUCGGAAAAUCACUCAAAAGCCCCAUCGACGUUCAGAGUAAUUCACACUCUCACUCUCUCUCUCUCUCAUUAGUUUCUCUUCUUUCGCCUCCUUUUUCUCUUGGACUUUGUUCUCUCCCUCACUCUCAACUGUGGCUUGGGAAUUUAAUUUCAUUGUAAAAUUUGCUUUAUAUGCUUUAAAUAUUUAUAUGCGGAUUGCGGGGUUCAAUGAACAAUUACGCUAAGAAUCCCACUCGUGCUGCAGAGCAAGUGUACUGGUAUGAUCCCAUUUGCAAGCAGUGCUGGACUUGUCAGAACCCAGCAAAUGGGGAAUGCCAUGUAGACUUGUGCUGCGGCCCAUGUUAUGCUGAAAUUCAUUGUUCCAAUUAUACCGAGGAGGGUGAUAUGUAAGAGACAGUAUGGAAGAAACGUUGAUUGACUUGUCCAUUCAUUUUAAGUACAUAGUUUUUGUGGGUUGUUAGGGAUAUGUCAUCUGACACUGCAAAGGAAAAUGCAUCCGUAGUUGAUUCAUCAGUCACUGGAUGGAGGCAGGACAUGGGGAAUUCAGAAGAUCCUGAGAGCUCAAGUUACAAAGCUAAUGAUCCUUCUAGGGAAGAUUUUCGUGAUUUUAGGGGUAAUUCAGCUGCAAACAAGAAGGGUAAAUUGUGUGAUACUAGAUAUUUCAUCAUAAAGAGCUUGAAUCAUCACAAUAUUCAGCUAUCAAUUGAGAAAGGAAUUUGGGCUACUCAAGUCAUGAAUGAACCAAUUUUGGAAGAAGCUUUUCAUAAUUCUGGUAGAGUAAUUUUAAUAUUUAGCAUCAAUAUGAGCGGUUUCUUCCAAGGGUAUGCCCAAAUGAUGUCUUCUGUUGGGUGGAGGCGAGAUAAUAUUUGGAGCCAAGGAAGUGGUAAAUGCAAUCCCUGGGGACGCAGUUUUAAAGUCAAAUGGUUGAGGUUAAAUGAUCUUCCUUUUCAAAAGACUCUUCAUCUCAAGAAUCCAUUAAAUGACUACAAAACUGUCAAAAUUAGCAGAGACUGCCAGGAGUUAUCUCCAGAUAUUGGAGAAGCUCUUUGUGACCUUCUUGAUGGGACGAGUGAUUUUGAUGGCCUGCAGAAUAGGGAUGAUUUUCCUUCAAAAAGACCUUGUUUAGAACCCUCAUGUUCAUUAGGAGAUGAAGAAUAUGAUAUGCCUCCAUGGCAUAUGUCAUGGUCACAAGCACCUAUGCUUUAUUCUUCCUUAAUGUACCAACAUCAGGCUGGAGCUAGUAGAUACCAAUUAGCACACCAGAGAACUGGUGGUACUGUACUUCCUGAAUAUUUUCUUGUCAAUUUUGUUGAUUCAAAAGUUACAAGGAUGAAACACUUUCACCUUACAGGGUUCCUUUUUAAUUUACAAGUAGACAGGGAUGUGUCUUCUCAAUUUGAUGCAUGGGGCUUGUCUGGAGAGAGUCCUCCAGCUAGUGUUCUUACCGAAGAUGAAUUUCUUGAAAUGUCUUAUGAAGAAUACCUGGAGGCCCAUAGCAGAAGCAGCAAGAAAUUAUGCAUUCCCGCUUCUGGACGAUCAUUGACAACACAGGACUCAUCGAAAAGCAAAAAGCAGGACAAUGCUGAUUCAAACCUGAGUUUUGAAUCUGAUCGGUGCAGCUCGAGGAAAAGGACUCAUUGUUCAUCCCAGAAAUAACCACAUCAACAAAUUUAUCAAGCUUCUGUUCUGGCUUUUUCUUUAUGGAUGAUAGUGUUCUAAUCCCUAUAAUUGUGACUGAUAUUUUGUCAAUGUUGUACACAUAUACGUACGUUGUUAAUUGUUAUGCUAUUCAUAAGUUACCUGGGGCCAGUUACCAACUUGUACAGUAAUUGAAUUGGCAGCAUUGCUCCAUUCCCUCUUAAGUAGUCAAGAUAAAGGAUCCUUUUAUGCGGCA